AAAUUGAAAAACGAGCGGGCCUUAAUCUUCAUCUCUCUUCUGAAGCAUUCGUCAUCCAGAACUUUUCGUUUAUGCGCUCGCUGACGCCACUGUGUCUCAUCGAUUAACUUAAAUCGAGAGCUAUGAGCUCCUAUUCUUGAGGUGUUUAGAUUUUCUUUUUUAAUUUUUGUAAUUGGAUCUUCCACGUUCGACAAUGUCGAUUUCCAGCUCCGGAUUCGUCUCUAAGAAUGCAAAUGAGAACGAGUUUGAAAACUCGUCGAGUUCGGCUCAUUUCCCACCCCCGAGAACUCCGCUCAACUCGAUUCCCGAUCCGUCUCAAUACCAGAAAGAAACGCGGAAUCAAGAUGAACACGAUUUCGAUUUUAAAGACAAAUCCGAAUCUACUCGAACACUUCAUAAAACCCCGAGGCUUACCGGUCGCCACGGCAAGCUGCAUUCAGAGCCGAACUCCGCUCAGAGUACUCCGGCGAGAAGCGGUCCGCGGUUUUCGCUCUGUGGCGGAGCUGGAGCUUGUGUUGCCAGUAGAGUUACUCAAGUUAUUGGAGGAAGAGCUGGAGUGAGCUCCGGCUCUUAUUCUAGGGCUUCGAGAGGGAUUUCGAUGAUGGAUAAUUCCAUUUUCUUGGUUGGCGCUCCAUAUUUCGAGCUCAUUGAGGAUCCUUCCUUUUGGAGAGAUCGCAAUGUGCAGGUGUUGAUAAGAAUUCGGCCUCUGAGUACGGUAGAGAGGGUUUCAGAAGGAUACGGUCGGUGUUUGAAGCAGGAGAGUGCACAAACUUUAGUGUGGCUAGGACAUCCUGAUACCAGAUUUACCUUUGAUAAUGUAGCUUGCGAGACCGUAUCACAGGAAAAGCUGUUCAGAGUAGCUGGUCUACCCAUGGUGGAGAAUUGCUUGUCUGGGUAUAAUAGCUGUAUGUUUGCUUAUGGUCAGACCGGCAGUGGCAAAACAUAUACUAUGAUGGGUGAAAUAUAUGAGAUGGAAGGCCAGCUCAGUGAAAAUUGUGGAAUAACUCCUCGUGUAUUUGAAUAUUUAUUUUCAAGGAUUAGAAUGGAAGAAGAGAGCAGGAAGGAUGAGAAGUUGAGGUUCAGUUGCAAAUGUUCCUUCCUAGAGAUAUAUAAUGAGCAAAUAACGGAUCUUUUGGAGCCUUCAUCAACUAAUCUUCAACUCAGAGAAGACUUGAAGAAAGGUGUAUAUGUGGAAAAUCUUAUGGAAUAUAAUGUGCGGACUGUUGAUGAUGUUCUCAAGCUUCUCUUGCAGGGUGCUGCAAACAGAAGAAUGGCAGCAACCAACAUGAACAGCGAGAGCAGCCGAUCCCAUAGUGUUUUCACUUGUAUCAUUGAAAGCCAUUGGGAGAAAGAUGCUAUGACCCACUUUAGAUUUGCAAGGUUAAAUUUGGUGGAUUUAGCUGGUUCUGAAAGGCAGAAGAGCUCCGGUGCAGAAGGAGAUCGUCUGAAAGAAGCAGCAAACAUAAACAAAUCUUUGUCAACUCUUGGCCUGGUAAUAAUGUCUCUGGUGGAUCUGGCACAUGGGAAACACAGACAUGUGCCUUACAGAGAUUCUCGACUGACAUUUCUGCUUCAGGACUCACUAGGUGGAAACUCGAAAACAACAAUUAUUGCAAAUGUCAGCCCAUCCAUUUGUGCUGCAAAUGAAACUCUAAGCACACUGAAGUUUGCUCAGCGUGCCAAACUUAUUCAGAAUGAUGCUAAAGUGAAUGAAGAUGCUUCAGGUGAUGUUAAUGCACUGCAGAGGCAAAUCCAACAAUUAAAGGGCCAGCUGUCUUCCUUGUUGAAGCGUCAUAACUUCCCAAACUCUCCAACUAGCUGUGUGCCGAGUUUUGAAGAAUCAAAUAUGGAAGACUACUCAGGAAAAAAUGAAAACACAGGAGAGAAAAUGGCAGAUUCUAGGACCCAGAACAUUCACAAUAAGAAGAUGAAACGCAUGGAAGCUACUUUAGCUGGUUCCUUAAGGAGAGAAAAGAUGGCAGAAAUAGCAAUCCGGAAAUUAGAGGCUGAAAUUGAGCAAAUGAACUGCUUGAUUUGUCAAAGGGAAGAAGAUGUUCAACGGGCUAAAAUGAUGCUUAGGUUUCGGGAGGAGAAGAUAAAAAAUCUUGAAUUGCUGUCAACUGGCCUAGUAUCAACUGAGGAGUAUCUCACAGAGGAAAAUCGAGCUUUGAAGGAAGAGAUUCAAUUGCUUCAGACAAAGAUUGACAGAAAUCCGGAAGUGACACGUUUUGCUGUAGAGAAUAUUAGACUUCUUGAACAGCUGCAAAUAUUUCAAAAUUUUUAUGAGCAUGGAGAGCGAGAAACAUUGCUU